AUGAAUAAUUAAUUUUAAGAAACAUUUGAAUUAGGUAACAAGAGGAAUCAAACAAGAUUGCUUGAAUAAAUUCAUUAGUUAUCGAUUCAAUAAAAAAAGAAAUUGUUGAUAAAUAUUCUAAAAUAUCCUAUUUAGCAGAGAAAAUAGGAAAUUAUGUCUAUGUUGAGGAUACUAAUGUAGAAGAUUGAGAUAUUCGAAUAAUUUCAAACAGACAAAAAUGAAUUUGAAGCAUAUGAUUAUUGUUUACUUCAUUUACAAUGUGAGACUUUUGUGAAAGUAAAUUGAAGUUUUAAGUUAUUUAAAGAAUGAUGUAAUAUUCGAAAUCGGCGAUUAGACUAAUAAUGUAUAUAUUGUAAUAACAGGCUAAGUCUCUUUAUAUUUAUAAGACGAUAAGAUGAAAUAAAGACAGUAAGUUUUUAAUAAUCAAAAGAAAUGUUAGUUGAAUUAUUCAGAUCAUACUCUUUAAAAGUAUAUUUAGAUUUAUAGUAAAUUAGAUUGAUACAUUUAAAUGAGAUAAAGGAAUGGAAUGUAUUUGGAGAAUAAUAUCAAAAAAUUAGAAUUAAUACUGCUGUUUGUGAUAUGGAUUGUUAACUUGUAAUUCUCAAUAAAGAAGUAUAUUAAAAAGCAAUAUAAAUUAUGGAUAAAAAGAAAGAAUAAAAAAGGAUGAAAACAUUUACUCUAAAUCCUAGUUUUUAAGGAUUAAAUAGAAAAUUGUUAAAUCUAAUGUUGUUCUCUUUCUCAACUCAAGAUUACAAAUAUAGGGAUAUUAUUUACAAAAAGGAUUAGUUGGAUUCAGAUGUUAUAUAUAUUAUAAAAUAAGGAGAAUUUGUUACUUAUCUAUAAAAAUAAAAUGUUAGAAAAUAAUUAGUCAUCAUGAAUGAAGGUGAAUUUUUUGGAGAUUAUGAAGCUUUUGAAAAUGUUCCUCGAUAAUUCAAUGUCUCUUGUCAUUCUCAUUUUGGUUGUUUAAUUGUUAUACCUUUAUAAGUCUUAUAUUCAAAAUUAUCAUAAUUUAAUGAAUAACAUUAUUUAAAAUAACUCAAAAAAUUGUGUAUUAAAAAAAAUAAAUGGUACAAGCAAUUUGAAAAAAGCAUUGAAAUAACUCAAGAAAUUUAUUAGAAAUAUUUAAAUGGACAAGAAUUGAAAAAUGGAAUUGAAAGUGAAUCAUCUUAAUAAAUAGAAUAAGUAAUUCAUGAUUCUUUAUAAUAAACAAGUCCAAUAAGAUAAUUUAAAUAAACAUAGAAAUAUUUAACAUCAAUUGAAGAAAGUUAAAUUAAUAACAAGAUUAAUAAUAAUAAUAAAUAAAAAAUAAAUAAAUCAAAAAAUAAAAACUUUAUUUAUAUACCAUCCCCUGAUGAAAUGUAACCAUUACCAAAAGUUUAAUUUUUAACAAAUAGAUAAUAAGAUAGAAAUUUAUUAUCAACACCAGAUCGAUUCAAUAAAGCUAUAAAAAGUAAAAUGGAUAUCUUAAAAAGAAUGAACAAUCUUUCUCCUACAAAUGCAAUUAAUUUUAAUACUCUUUAUUAAAAAACUUAUUACGUUUAAUUACCAAAGCAAAUUAAAUUAGAAUAGAACUCUGAUAAAGAAUGGCCAAUUAAGGCUACAAUCUAUUUAAAUGAUUUAGAUGAUAGAGUUCGUUAUUAAAAUAAUUCUUCAAGAAACCAUAAUAGUAAUAGUAAUAAUAAUAGUAAUCGUAAUACUAAACUAUUAUUACCAGAAUAAUAAAGUUUAAGAUGUGAAUAAAGUGAGUUAAAUUCAUAAAGGAAUUCAAAGGUUGAAUUUUUGAAUAAAGUUUAGAAUUUAACAUAACCUAAAAAAAGGAGAGCAUUAUCAUUAAAAUACAAAGAAUAUUUAGAAUCAUAAUUCUUAUAAAAAACUGAACGCUCUUUAUUACUUUUUUGA